GGCCGUCCUAGAGGCGGCUGGGCCGGGGGCGGGGCGCACAAAGCGCGUCCCGGGAGGCCUCUCCAGCUGUCGGUCGACCAUAGAGAUGCGGCUGCAGCCGACCCGGGCCCGGGAGCGCCUCAGCGGCCACGGCAUCCACGUGCGGGGCAAUGGCCAAUGCAGUUCUGGACGCGCAGCAGCCAGCUGGCAGCACGGGGGACCUGGAUGGCCUCUACCCGGAGCUGCUGCUGAUCCCCCCACCCCUCUCCACUCGGGGGCUCCUGGAGCCCGCUGAGAGCGGCUGUCCUUCGGAGAACCCCGCGCCCCCCACCGCUGACCCAGGCUGCCUGCUGGUGGAGGCCACGGCCACAGAGGAGGACCCGGGGAACAUGGAGAUCAUCGUGGAAGCGGUGGCCGGAAACCUGUCUCCAGGUGCCCCCGGAGAGAGCCCAGGUGUGCUGGUGAAGGUGGUGGAGGUGUACUUCUGCGAGCACUGUGAGCGGAGCUUCUCGGAGCCGGCACUGCUGGCCCUGCAUCAGUGCCCCGAACCCCUCCCGCGGCCCGGCCCGAGCCCGGCGGAGCCCAGCCCCGCGCAGAGCCAGAACCCCGCCGCCACCGACGGCCCCCUGCCCUGCCCCGUGUGCGGCCAGGAGUUUGCCCAGCCCCAGGCCCUGAAGAGCCACUUCAAGGCCCACCGCGGCGCGCCCGACACCUUCCCCUGCCCGGAGCCGGGCUGCGCCUUCGCCGCGGCGGCGCGCCGGGCGCUGCAGCAGCACCUGAGACAGGCGCACGGCGCCGUGCCCGUGCCCUGCGCCUUCCGGGGCUGCCCGCUGCUCUUCGCCAGCCAGCAGGGCAUGGAGCGCCACCGGCAGGCCCACUACCCUUUCCACUGCCGCCUCUGCAGCUUCGCGGGCUCCAACGUCAAGCUCUUCCGGCAGCACCAGCGCAGCCACGGGGCCGCGCCGCCCGGAGGACCCGCCGUGCCAGGAGGAGUCACGCCUUCACCUCCAGAGCACUCGGGCCUGCCCCUUCCGGGGCCGGAGACCUCCAUGGAGGACGAUGCAGAGAAGGAGGAGGAGACCAGCCCCCAGAAGGACACCCCGCCGGCCCCGGAGGGCGGCCAGGAGGCUCAGCCCGCGGAAGGGGGCGCGGCCCCGGGGCCCGAGCCGCUCUUCAAGACGCACAUGUGCCCCGAGUGCAAGCGCUGCUUUAAGAAGCGGACGCACCUGGCCGAGCACCUGCACCUGCACUUCCCGGACCCCAGCCUGCAGUGCCCCAACUGCCAGAAGUUCUUCACCAGCAAGAGCAAGCUGCGCACGCACCUGCUGCGCGAGCGGGGCCAGAAGGCGCACGGCUGCCCGCUGUGCCACUACCGCGCCGUGGAGCGCAACGCGCUGCACCGCCACAUGGCCAGCAUGCACGAGGGCAGCAGCAACCUCUACUCAGACACCUACGCCUGCCCCGUGUGCCGCGCCGAGUUCCGCCUCAGCCAGGCCCUCAAGGAGCACCUCAAGGGCCACGCGGCCGCCGCGGCCGCCGCGCCCCCGGCCCUGGGCUGCCUGCAGGCCGGCUGCCGCUACGCCGCGCCCGACCGCCGGGCCCUGGUGCGCCACCUGCGGGAGGCGCACGGCGCGCGGGCCGUGGAGUGCCGCCACCACGCCUGCCCGCUGCUCUUCGCCACGGCCGAGGCCAUGGAGGCCCACCACCGGAGCCACUACGCCUUCCACUGCCCGCACUGCGACUUCGCCUGCUCCAACAAGCACCUGUUCCGCAAGCACAAGAAGCAGGGCCACGCGGGCAGCCAGGAGCUGCGCUGCCCCUUCUGCGCCUUCGCCACCUUCAACCCCGUGGCCUACCAGGACCACGUGGGCAAGAUGCACGCGCAUGAGAAGAUCCACCAGUGCUCCGAGUGCAGCUUUGCCACGGCCCACAAGAGGGUGCUCAUCCGCCACAUGCUGCUGCACACAGGUGAGAAGCCUCACAAGUGUGAGCUGUGCGACUUCACGUGCCGGGACGUGAGCUACCUGCCCAAGCACAUGCUGACACACUCGGACACCAAGGACUACAUGUGCACGGAGUGCGGCUACGUCACCAAGUGGAAGCACUACCUCAGCGUGCACAUGCGCAAGCACGCCGGCGACCUCAGGUACCAGUGCAACCAGUGCCCCUACCGCUGCCACCGGGCCGACCAGCUGAGCAGCCACAAGCUGCGGCACCAGGGCAAGUCGCUCAUGUGCGAGGUGUGCGCCUUCGCGUGCAAGCGCAAGUACGAGCUGCAGAAGCACAUGGCUUCCCAGCACCACCCGGGCGCGCCUGCGCAGCUCUACCCGUGCCGCUACUGCAGCUACCAGAGCCGGCACAAGCAGGCGCUGCUGAGCCACGAGAACUGCAAGCACACGCGGCUGCGCGAGUUCCGUUGCGCGCUCUGCGACUACCGCAGCUUCAGCAGCACCACGCUCUUCCUGCACAAGCGCAAGGCGCACGGCUACGUGCCGGGCGACCAGGUCUGGCAGCUCCGCUGUGCGGGCCAGGAGGUGGGCGCCGCCGCUUCCAAGCAGUGCCCCAGCCCGGCCCCAGACUCCCAACCACCGGGCACCCCGCCAGAGGGGCCCGCUGGCGACCCCGGGACCCAGGAGCACCCCGGCCUGGAGUCACCGCUGCCCGAGAUCAGGGAGGACAGCGCGGGCCGCCGGGACGAGCCCGAGGCCCAGGGCAGCCCCUGCCCAGCAGCUGAGGUGGAUGAGGGGGGCUGCACGCUCCACCUGGAGGCGCUGGACGUGGAGCUGGAAGCCGUGGCUGAGCCCCCGCUGGAAGCGCUUGCAGAAACGGACCCCAUGGAGCUGGGGCCGCUGGAAGGGCCCGAGGGUCCCGCGGAAAGUGCCACCCCGCCGCCACCGCCACCGCUGCCCCCGGACCUGGGGACGGAGCAGGAGCCCCUAGGGGCCCAGCCAGCCCCCGAGAGCCCCGGACGGGCACCUGCCUCCGAGGAGCCCCCUGACCCCUGGGUGGGAGCCUUGGAGGCGGCGCCCCCGUCAGAGACGGGGCCCCUGGCCCAGCCCCCCGAGGCGGAGUCCCUGCUCCGGGCGCUGCGGCGGCGGGACAAGGAGCAGGCCGAGACGCUGGUGCUGGAGGGCCGCGUGCAGAUGGUGGUGGUCCAGGACGAGGCCCCGGCCUUCCGCUGCCCACACUGCCCCUUUGUCGCCCGCCGGGAGAAAGCCCUGAGCCUGCACGCCCGGGCUGCGUGCCCAGGCCGCCGCGCACCCCUCUUGUGCCCCGAGUGUGGCGCCAGCUUCAAGCAGCAGCGCGGCCUCAGCACCCACCUGCUGAAGAAGUGCCCCGUGGUGCAGGGCAAGAGCAAGGGGCCGGUCCUGGCCGCUGCGGGCGGUGGGACGGCCCCUCCCGCACCCGCGGAGGACGAGCCGGGGGCCCCCCGAGACCCCUCCCCAGCCCUUCCCCCAGAGGAGCCCGAGGAAACGGCGGCACCCCUCGCCCCGCCCCCGGACCCUGCCUUGGAGCCCCCCUCCUCGCCCCCGGAGACCCCCGAGAAGUUCCACUUCGAGCAAGGCAAGUUCCGCUGCGCCGCCUGCCCCUUCCUCUGCUCCCGGCUCUCCUCCAUCACCUCGCACGUGGCCGAGGGCUGCCGCGGGGGGCGCGCCAAGCGGGGGGCCGCCCACCCGCCGGCCGGCUCCCCGUGGGACCCCGAGGGCCAGCCCAAGCCCAAGGGGGCGCGCUUCUCCUGCCCCACCUGCCCCUUCAGCUGCCAGCAGGAGCGGGCCCUGAGGACGCACCAGGCGCGGGGCUGUCCCCUGCAGGGGCCGGCGGGCGAGCCUCUCCGCUGCGACCUCUGCCCUUUCACCGCCCCCGGCGCCGCGGCGCUGCGGCUCCACCAGCGGCGGAGGCACCCGGCUGCCGCGCCCCCGGCCCGCGGCCCCCGCCCCCCGCUGCAGUGCGCCGACUGCGGCUUCACCUGCAAGCAGAGCCGCUGCCUGCAGCAGCACCGGCGCGUCAAGCACGAGGGCGUGAAGCCGCACCAGUGCCCCUUCUGCGACUUCUCCACCACGCGCCGCUACCGCCUGGAGGCGCACCAGUCGCGGCACACGGGCGUGGGCCGCAUCCCCUGCAGCUCCUGCCCGCAGACCUUCGGCACCAACUCCAAGCUGCGCCUGCACCGCCUGCGCGUGCACGACAAGACCCCCACCCACUUCUGCCCGCUGUGCGACUACAGCGGCUACCUGCGGCAUGACAUCACGCGCCACGUCAACAGCUGCCACCGCGGUACGCCGGCCUUCGCCUGCCCCCAGUGCGAGGCGCAGUUCAGCUCCGAGACGGCGCUCAAGCAGCACGCGCUGCGCCGGCACCCAGAGCCCCCCGCCGACGCCGACGCCAACGCCGCCGGGGCGCACGAGGGCCCGCUGCACUGCGCACGCUGCGGGGUGCAGUGCCCCAGCCCCGCCAGCCUGCGGGGCCACACCCGCAAGCAGCACCCGCGGCAGCUCGAGUGCGCCGCCUGCCAGGCGGCCUUCCCCAGCCGGCCCGCGCUCGAGGCGCACCGGCGGCAGCAGCACUUCAGCCACCGCUGCGGUGUCUGCGACUUCGCGGCCCGCGAGCGCGGGGGCCUGGUGAAGCAUUACCUGGAGCGGCACGAGGGGGACGGCGACGGGGAGCCGCCGUCCCGGCGCUGCCCCUUCUGUGACUUCGCCUGCCGCCACCAGCUGGUUCUCGACCACCACGUGAAGGGCCACGGCGGCACCAGGCUCUACAAGUGCACCGACUGCGCCUACAGCACCAAGAACCGCCAGAAGAUCACCUGGCACAGCCGCAUCCACACCGGCGAGAAGCCCUACCGCUGCCACCUCUGUCCCUACGCCUGCGCCGACCCCUCGCGCCUCAAGUACCACAUGAGGAUCCACAAGGAAGAGCGGAAGUACCUGUGCCCGGACUGCGGCUACAAGUGCAAGUGGGUCAACCAGCUUAAGUACCACAUGACCAAGCACACGGGACUGAAGCCGUACCGGUGUCCCGAGUGCGAGUACUGCACCAACCGCGCCGACGCGCUGCGCGUGCACCAGGAGACGCGGCACCGGGACGCGCGCGCCUUCAUGUGCGAGCAGUGCGGCAAGGCCUUCAAGACGCGCUUCCUGCUGCGCACGCACCUGCGCAAGCACAGCGAGGCGCGGCCCUACGUGUGCAACGUGUGCCGCCGCGCCUUCCGCUGGGCCGCCGGCCUGCGUCACCACGCGCUCACGCACACCGACCGCCACCCCUUCUUCUGCCGCCUCUGCAGCUACAAGGCCAAGCAGAAGUUCCAGGUGGUCAAGCACGUGCGCCGCCACCACCCCGACCAGGCCGACCCGAGCCAGGGCGUGGGAAAGGACCCCAGCACCCCCACCGUGCACCUCCACGACGUGCAGCUGGAGGAGCCCGGCCCUCGCGCCCCGGACGCGCCCCCGACCGGCCCCGAGGGUUGACUGCUUGCACCCUCCCUGCUCCAGUUGCCGGCCCCCGCCCAGGAGGGGGAGGAGGAUGGAUGGGAGCCCGACCUCGCCUGGUCGCAGCACCGAGCCCGAGCAAGGACUGGUUUUGGAGGGGGUCAGGGUGGCCAGCAUCCACCAGCACUCGGGCCACGGAACUUGGGAGCCCAUGACCCCGGGAAUUGAGCACCAUGGACUGCCCGGAGCUUUCGGGUUCCAGCGCUGUCACCCGCACCCAGGCCUCCUGCUGGAGCUGGGCCUUCUCCACCCUGUCGGCUGCCCUUCCCGCCUCCCAGCUGCUGUGUCUCACGGUUGCAUGUGCUGCUGUGCAGUGCUCCAUAAAGCGUAUCCAACAGCA